AUGGUAGCCAACGCGUUGAGUCGUAGGGUUAAGUCAGACUUGAGAGCUAUGCUUGCUCGUUUAAGCUUGUUGGAUGAUGGUAGCUUGUUAGCGGAGCUUCAAGUAAAGCCGGUGUGGGUCAAACAAAUAAGGGGUAAGCAGUUAAUGGAUGAGACUUUAGGUUCUCGUUUUGGACAAGUGGAGAGUGGGGAGACAUCAGAAUUUGGGAUAAAUGGUGAAGGAGUAUUGUGUUUCUGUGGGAGAAUGUGUAUACCUAAGGACAAUGAUAUAAGGCAGUCCAUUCUGCGGGAAGCACAUAGCGGUCUCUAUGCUAUGCAUCCUGGCAGAAACAAGAUGUAUCGAAAUCUGUGUGAGCUUUCCUGGUGGCCUGGACUUAAGCGUGAGGUUAUGGAGUUUGUAAGUAAGUGUUUGGUUUGUCAAAAGGUGAAGGCGGAACAUCAGCUGUCUUCGGGAUUGCUUUAG